UGUUCUGGGAGGGGCAAGUGAAGUGAGCCAUGGGGAGCAACCUGGGGUUUUGUUUCUAAGAGAUUGUUGUCAAACUAUUCAUUUUCAUAUGAAAAGUAAAUGUGAAAUGUUUUGUUUCCAUCAAAAAAAAAAGUCUGUCUAUGCAAGUUAUAUGAUGAGCAAUACGGAUCCUGGGUCUUACCACCAAUAGAAGCAACAACACUUAUUUCUCAUGAACACACAGGACACACAUCUAAAAUAUGUUUACUGGAGCUGACCUUGGAAACAGGCCAAUUAAAAAUAGUUUCAGGUUAUAGAACAAAAUAAUCUGUUAAAUGCAUGGACCUUAACUCAAGUGAUAACACUUCAUCUGAAAUGCUAUUUCUGUUUCCUCUUUUAAAGGAACAGUUGUAACAUUUGGGGAAAUAUGCUUCUCGACAAUGCUUAUGGUUCACUGCAAACUUUUGUUGUUUCACAUGCAGCUGUGAUCAGGCUUUUACACAACACUCAGGUCUCACAAUAAGUAUGGAGCUAACUUAGCUUAGCGUUAAGAUGGAAACAGCUAGACUGGGUCUGUCCAAACUUAAAAACUACAUUUACCAGUACCUCUAAAGCUCACUAAUUAACACCUGAAAGUCUUUAACCCAUACAUACACAGAAAUGUAAAGACAACAGAUUGUUGUUUUAGUGGAAGUUACAUGCUGGAGUUAAUUCUUGACAAACAACACUUUAUUGCAGUGCCUCCACUGAUGACAUGCUCUUUCCACACCUGACCACACCCAGCUGGGAUCAUGGGCAUAGUCUGAUUCAACAAACCUUUUACCUUUCAACCCCUAGAGGUCAUUGCAGCAAUGUUUACCUUCUAUACAAGACCUGGUGAAGUGCAGUUACUCUUGAAGUAGAACUCAUUGAUUUGUGAUUUUGCUGAUUGAUAUUCUUUUGCUCAUUUUCAUCUGUCUAUGCAUGUAUAUUAUAAAGUCCAGUUUUGAAAAUGUGAACAGUACAAAUCAUAAAUGACAUAAAUUAUUGAACAAAUUUUGUAGAUUGGAAGGAAACAGACAAAUAUCUGAUUAUUUGUAACAGAUGAGACUUGGUGUGAACACAUUAUACAUGAACUCUAUAAUAAAUGCACAACAUCUCUUGCACUGUUUUUUCUUCUCUCAGAAGAAAAAAACAACAAAGUAGCACUUGAUCUCUGUGGUUUGGGUGAGAAAGGUUCAAAGUUUUAGUUUUCUAAUGGCUGUAAGAGAAGCUGUAAAUAUUGUGUUAAUCUGCUUGUGUGUGUGAAAGAGCAAGAGAGAGAGAGAGAGAAGAAGUAGUCUGACCACACUUGUCAAUGCAACUUCCUUGGGUGUUAUGCGUCAAGCAGGUAUAUCUGACAACAGUCAACCACAAACAUUUCAGUUAUCGCAUGUAAUAUGACAGUCAAAGAAAGCAGCAGCACAUUGAAGAACAUCAAUGGCAAUAUAAUAUCUACUGAAAAAACACUUCAGAUAGAGAAUUUCCUCCUUGGUGCAUUGAAUAUAAAGAGUUUAAAUGUCCUUGAUGGCUAAACAACAACACACACACACUGUGUGACUAAACCAAGAAAGGAAGCAAAUAUAUGUAUUGUCUGUAUUAGUCUUGAUGGUGUGAUGUGGAGUGGCUCUUUUUUCUUUCUUAGUUGCAGCUCACAAACUCUUUAAUCCACAUAAGCUCAUGAUGCUUCUUUAAAUCCAUCCAAUCUGUUGGGUGUCUAUACUUAACCCUCAACAAAUGUGGGUCAAUAUAUGGUACAGUGAAGCUACACAGUUUCUGUUUGUGCAGAGCGUAAUGACAAUCACAUUAUUUUAAAAUGAAGAUUUUGCCAGAUCCUGAUUUGACCACAGCGAACAUCUUCAUCGUGGAGCGCCGAGGUGGAACAAACCAAAACUGGACGACAGCUUGAAGAAGUGAGAGGCUUUGAGGAUUUUGGCAAGAAAAUGGAACCACAAGACCAACAACCGAAGAGAGACUGGAGUCUGUAUUUUUGCAAUCAGCCACCGGUGCAGCUUGAUACAAGUGCAAACCACCACCUUUUCUAUGGUGAGCUGAGAAGCAACCCUGUGAGGCUGGAGGGCGGUUCAGAUCCAUACUGCAGCAUCUGGAUGGACACUGAACCAGCAAGGUUUAAGAGCUGUAACAGUCGUUCAUUUGCCAUGGAUGCUAGGAUAAGGCUAGAUAAUUUGAAGUCAGGGAGUAAUUCACCUUUGCCUUACUGUGCCAUGGAUGGGACACUGUACAGGUAUAACUGUCAAGAAGACCUUUGGGACAGCGAGCCAAGAGAAGAAGAGUCUGCUUUGGACUUGGUCGAGCUCCUGGAUGUAGAGGAUGAUGUGGAGGAUGAAGAGAGAUGGUUGUAUGAGCCUCCAAAGAAGCAGGUGGUUGUGGAGAAAACAGAGUCUGCUCUCAAAUGGUGUCGACACGUCCUGGAUAACCCCAGUCCUGAGAUGGAGGCAGCAUGUUGCCUUCUGAUACAUAGAUUGGAUCAAAGAUCAAGCAGUCAGUUCUACAGACGUCCUGCAGUUUUUCAUCACACUGCCAAUGCUACUGUGGGCUCCCCUAUGGACAAAUCAUCAACUGUCAGUACAACACAGAGUACCUCUGGCAGUUUAGAUAACAAUGAGCUGAGCAUCACCCAUGACUCCAUAAACACAAACGACAGACUGGCGGACAUCACAGAUGUCCACAUUAUGGCUCGCAUACAAGAGGCCAGUUUACGAAAAGACUAUGUUUCUACCCCUGCUGCUGCAUCACCUCGGAGAAGCCCUGAGUCACCAGUGAUGCUUCCUUCAUAUUUUAACACCACCGCCGAAAAUUUUGAUGACUUCACUCCAGGAAAUAAAACCGAGGCUUCAUCUUCCUCUGGCUUGCAGCCUGGUCUGUCGUCACUAAGCUCUUCCUCUUGCCAGUCACCAACAUCCGUUGCUAAGCAGAACUGCCAAAGUCCAAAACUGGCCAGACUUCAGCAGCAAGUCACCCAGUUCAAGCUGCUUAAACUCGCUCAGAAUCAAGCAACAUCACCAGGCAGGACCAGGUCACCUCUACGGACCAGUCUCCGCUCCCUCCAGGCCGUUAGGAACAGCCGAAGCUUAGAAACCGACGACUGCCACCCUGCCGAUCAAAUCCUUCAUCUGUCAUCAGGUGUAUCAUCUACCAGAAUGGGCUCAAGCUGCUGGUCUCCAUCACUUUCAGCAGCAUCCAUGAACUCCAGUGUCUCGCUGCGCUCCGGAAAAGGCUCCUCAAUCCAGGUGCCGGCCAUGAAGAGGGUGCAGAGGUCUCAGUCUCUCAGCCCCUGCAGGAUUCCUCACCCGGCUAAGGGAUACCUGACUGUUCGUGAUCGUGUUUUUGCCUCUCCCGAGAGGCCGACCACUGUGGCUUGGGCCAGAAAUGCACCAUCCGCUCACCUGAGGAAGACGUCACUAGUGAAUUAAUGAAUACAAUGAUUACAUAUAAUUAUAACAUAUAGACAUUCAUAUCAUAUCUUUAAUAAUUUUACUUGUGUGGUUGCUAAGCCUGCAUGCUUAUGUAACCAUAAAGGCUGUGAAGGAAUUAGUAGCUGCAUCAUGGCAUGGACACUUUGAAUCUUGGGGGAAGAUAUUGUACAUGCUGCAUCUGUUUGAAGUUUCCAUUACAUGUCAUCUUUCAGUCCAGCAGGUUGUAGACAUAGAUGUGUAACUGGCAAUGUUGUAAGCAGCACCUGGUAGAGGCAUCCUGUGGGGUUGGAUUUUUACACACCAAAACACCCUUUUGUGUUGUCUGAAUAAAAACCUACAUAAUGUGGACUAGCGCUGAAGUCAUAAGAAUGUAGAAAAUGUCAGUAGCCCUGUUCUCGUGAUAACUGCAUCCAUCUGAGACGCCACUAUAAUAAUGAAAGUGAGGAAUAAUGUGCUGUGCUGCAGAAAUCAGUACUGCAUGUUCUGUACUAUCAGCAAUUCUGCAAGCAUGCCACACUGCAUGUGCAUAAGCUCCACUAAUUCUCAGCAGGGAGCUUAUAAUAUGUGAACAGAUGUAGUGGCUCAGUGUGAUGAAUUUAAAGUGUAUCGGUGUAGGUGACAAACUGAUUUGUGUACAUGCUGAUUUGAACGUGGAAGUGCAGUCAAACGUCACCUCAGAUUGCAGGAUGGGCUGUUUUUCUGCAGAGCUGUUGCAACAGGAAGUGUGCAGUUGGCCAUCACAUAAAAGAAACUAAACAGGUGACCUCUGCAUAAUAGGAAGUUCGCUUCUUACCAGGAAGUAGAGGUGUGGUUUUUUUGUCUUCCUAAAACUUAUUCAGUGUCAUUCACUUCCUCAGCAGUGGCUACAUUUUGCUGAUGAUUUUGUGCUGACAUGAUGCAGUUCAACCGAACCAAUGCAUUUUCAGUUUCAACUGUUUUCCCUCAGUUUUUUUCAAAAGUACUAUUACUACUACCUGACAUCACAUGAUGUGACUAUCUAAGGAGAAAAGCCUUUAGAUGUUUAUAUAUAGCACAGGUCUAGUACAUGUUGUAACUUGUCUCAGGGAAGUACAGUCUUUUGUUCCUACAUGUCAUCUCAAGUCCAGUGCUGUUUACACUGCUGUGCUUUUCAUGUAUUCAUGGCAAAUCUAUUAAUUAUUUUCAGUUCUUUUUGAUCGCUUGUCUUGUUUUGUGCCAGAGUGGGAUCCAAUAAGCCCAACAUGGAGUACAAAUAGUGUUCGAAAGUGUUCAAGGGAUGGCCUCAUUGUACAAAUGUUGUAUCAUAAUGAGCAGGAAAUGAAAUCAGUACGUUACGCUAGUUCAGAGUAUACUUAUGACCAAAGCUCUUUUAUCUGCAUUUUUGGGAGCUGGCUUAUUACCACUCUUUACAUAAAACUACUCAAAUGCAGUCAGACCAGGAACAGAGAUAUUUCAUAGUCUGUAUACUGCAAGUGCAGUGUGGUGUUGGAGUCCCCUCUGCUGUUCACUGUGUUUAUGAACAUGCUCACCUGUGUUUGGUCACUCAUUU